AUGAUGGGGCAGGGCUGGGGGAGGCCAGCCAAGGCAAGGUCGAGGUUCAAGGUCAAGGUUGCGUCGAGUCGAGUCGGAGUCGAGUCGAGCAGCAAGUUGAUGUCUCAACGGGAUGUCCCUCCUGCUGGGCCGUUGACCUGUGCCUUCUUCAGCGGUAGCGGCAAAGGCAAGGUCACCGGACGCAGAAGCAGCAGUACGCAGGCCGUGGUAGACCCAGACUUGCAGACUGGUAGACUGGGAGCAGAGGAGGAGGAGGAGGAGGAGGAGAAGAAAGAAGACAAGGUCGUCGACGAGGGCCCAGGACGAGGGGCGGCACUGAAACGGUUUGAUAAGAGCAAACGAGCACAGUUCAGGAUACCAGGUCCAGGGCCUUUUGUUGCUGUUGCAGUAGUGUAG